AUGAAAACUGUUGUUAAAUCAAAUGUUCCUUUAAUUUCAAAUAGUUUUGUAACAUGUUAUUCUGAUUAUUUUGUUAUAAAUUUAUAUUAUUUUCCAUUUGGUAAUAAAAAACUAAACUAUAAUGAUAUUCGUUCAUGUAAAUUACAUUCAACAGAUGAUCUUGGUAUGUUAUCAUGCAAAUCAUGGGGAAUGUCAUUAACACCUGUUUGGUGGCACUAUGAUACGAAACGUUUCAUGCGCAAAAAUUAUAUAUUAUUAGAUACAAAUCAUUGGCCACAAAUUGGUCUAACAAUGGAUGAUAACGAUUUAAUUAAUGUUUAUUAUUUAAUAAAGAAAAAAAUGUCUUUUAAUCAAUCGAAUAUUUAUAAUGAAAAUUUAAUUUAUGAUUCAUCAAAAAUUAUCUCUGAAAAAGAAGUUGAAUAUCAAAAAUCUCUUCAAAACAUUAAAAAAAAUUAA